GGGUGUGACACAAUCCAACGAAAUUCCAUGGAGUAUCCAGAUGUGAUACGGCCAAGGAGAUGUGGGACAUGUUGGAAGUAAUACAUGAAGGAACAAGUCAAGUGAAGGAGUAAAAAAUCAAUAGAUACACUCACAUAUAUGAGGUUUUCAAGAUGAAACCAAAGGAGAGCAUUCAAGAUAUGUAUGCAAGAUUGAAUGAUAUAGUCACCAAUCUCAAGGGUCUUGGUGAAGUGUAUCCUCCUCAAGAAGUGGUGAGGAAGGUUCUUAGAAGCUUGCCCAAUAAUUGGGAAGCCAAGAAGACCACAAUUGAAGAGUUUAAGGAUCUCAACACUUUUGAGCUUGAAGAUCUCAUUGGAAAAUUGAUGACAUAUGAAAUAGAAGUUCAAGUUGAUGGUGGAGUUGAAGUAGUUGAGAAGAAGAAGAAGGAUGUUGCAUUCAAGGCUACAACCAAAAGAAAAACAAUGAUGAUGAGACUAGCUCAAUGGAAAGUGAAAGCUUCUUGGAGAAAGGUGUUGCAAAUCUUUGUUUCAUGGCUCAAGAGGAUAACAACAAUGAUGAGAAGGCAAUAGCAUCACACAACCUCCAUGUGAAGCAAGUGAGAAGAACAAGAUCGAGGAGAUGCAACAAGCACAAAAACAAAGAUCAUAAUUCUAUCCAAGAAAGAGAUCCUAUAAAGGUAAUGUGAUAAAUGAUACAUCUCCAGGGUAAGAAAUAUACAUGUUGUAUAUAAUGAUGGAAUUAACAUUGUUUUUGGUGCUACUAAUGAGUUUUGUUGUAAAGAAUUUUCCAAAGCAAUGUUAAGUAAACUUGAGAUGAUUAAAUGUAUUGGAAUUUCAAAUGAAAUUAUCCCAAAGAUGAGAUCUUCUCCAAUCAAAGGGAACAUACAAAGGAGAUGCAUAAGCAAUGGUCUCUCCAUUAAGGUAUUCAAUUGCUUUAACAAUAAUGGAGGUAAACCUAUUAAUUUCAAACUCUUUAUAAGAUGAUAGAUGUAUAUAUUGCUAUACCUUGAGUGCAUAUAACUUUUGUGCUUUUCAUGUAUCUUUUAUUGAUCUUUAUAACUUAAAUGAUAGAAGGUUAUACAUUCUUGGUAUGAUUUUCAUGAGAUUGCUAUAUAAGUAUGUUCAUGCUUUCAUGAGUUAUUUUAUUAAGGUGAAGCUCUUUUGUUUGCUCUUCAUAUGUUCUUCAAACUUUUUUGUUGGAUUACAAAAAGGAGAGAAAGAAUCUUUUGACCUUCAUAGUUACUUGGAAUAAGAUAUCUUUGUUUACUACAAAGCCUUUUGAUCGUGAUAGAUUUUUAAUAUUUGACCCUUUUUUCUCUCCUCACAUUCAAGAUUUGAUUCUUUCCCAAAUUUUGCCCUCAUUAUCUAUGCACAUUUCUUAGCUUGUUAUCAUGAAUUGUGGAUUUUAAUUGUAUAUGACUGUAUAGUUGCCUAUGAUUUUGAUGAUUAUGAUCUUAAGUGCUUUCAUUGAGGGGGAGCAAUUUGUGGAUAUUAUGCUCAAAUUAACUAUUUUUGAUAUG